AUGCCAGUACUUAUGCCAAUAAGAAAUGAAUUUAUACGAUUUCAAGUUGGAAAUUUCUUGAAUUUUCUGUUAUCAAUGAAAAUAGCAGUUCCUGUGUUUGUCAAUGUGACUGUCGAUGAUUCUGGACUCAAGUCCUCGAAUGAGUUGUCACAGGUAAAAGAAAUAAUAUUUGUGGGUUACCAAAAUGUCACUAUAGAAGAUAUCUGUGAAAGUGGGGAGUAUCCGGUAGAUUCAGGAUGUGCAACUGUUCAACCUGUGAUCAAGUUGGUGAUCCUACGUGUCCCAUUGGUAUUUAUUGUAAAGAUCAACACGACGUGUAGUAACACAUUGGUCUUAAACAGUAUCCUCACUAGUCUCUCAUUGUCAUCUCGUAAGAUAUUCAUAAAUGCUAGAAAAAAUAAAUAUAAGAACAAAGAUCGUAGCUUCUGUAAUAACGAGGACUGUGAUAACUAUAGUUUGAAGUUUGCUGACAAGAAUCCUUGUUCUUUGAGGGGUGCUGGGCGUAAAAGACGACAAACUGGAACAACAGAGUAUGCUCUUAAUUUAGUUGCUGAGUUCAAGAAUGUAAGUGAUCGCACUGUUGACAGUGAUACUAAUGUUGCAUUACCAACAAAAGAUGUGAUAAGUGAGAUUAUAGAAGACAACAAAGACACACUUUCACCAGAUUCUGAUGAGAUACAAUUUAGCAGUGCUGAAGAACCAACUGAAACUGUAAUUUGUGCUGCUGGCCAAAAUGCUUUUAACAAUCUGUGUGUUGAUUGUAAUUUUGGACGCUACAGUGAAGAUGGAGUGACAUGUGUGCUGUGUCCUAAAGACACAUAUCAAGACAAGACUGGCGAGUCAUCAUGUAAGAGUUGUCCAUCACGAACGUACAACGAUGAUACAGGAGCUAGGAAUGAGUCUGCAUGUAAAUCAUACUGUGUCAGCAACCCAAAUUAUUGUAACAACAGAGGUGUAUGCUCAGACUCGGGGCGACGCAGUGCAUCAUGUAGUUGCUAUGAAAAUUAUGAGGGUGCAACUUGUUCCACUAAGAAAGAACCAUCUUCUCACAUGCCAGCAAUCUUGGGCGGAGCUAUAGGUGGAGGCGCGGCUCUACUGAUAAUCAUCCUGAUAAUAGUGGGAGUGUUCAUGAAAUGUUCAAGAGACCCAGUUUCAAGUAGAAAGAGACAUAAGCAGUAUCAUGACCCAGAGUAUAUUCAGAAUGAAGCAUAUGACGGAACUUAUAAUCACUUUGGUUACCAUGGCAGCCAGGUCCGUCCAUUAGCUCCGUACCCUUCUAUUGGUUUUCCAGCGCUUGGAUACAAGCCAGACCAAAGCUUUGAGGAAGCUGCAUAUGGCGGUCCGUAUAGAUACCGUCAGAGCAUUUAUGAAGAAGAUCUAGGUCAGAGGGACGAGGAGACGCGCUUCGUCUGGACGGCAUAAUAUCAUUGACUUCAAAUAUUUGUUUUGGAUUACUCAUCAAUGUUUAUAGUGGUUAAAGAGAGAUUUUAUACUAUGAUUUAAUAAUGUAAUUUUACUAACACAAAUUCUAUAUUUCUAACAAGUAUUGUUGAAAUACAAAAAUGUACAUGUAGUUAACAACUUUUUGUUCAAUCUCAAGUACAUGCUUAAAAGUAAAUUUGUAUUAAAAAUCUAAACUAUAACACGGAAAUUUAUAAGCCACAAUAACUGGUUUUAUUUAUUUUUUUAAAUGUUGAGUGUUUUAUAUUUAACAAAGAAAAACUAUCUAGUACAGGUACAUAUAUACUCUUUAUACAUGUACAUAAGGAUAUAAAUAUGUUAACAGCUUCAUAAAUUGUAUAUAAUUUUCAUUUACCUAAAUAUAUAUAGCCAAUUUUCAAGGCACUUGCAUGUUAUCAGUUUUGUUCCAAAGUUUGUGUAUGUAAUAGGGGGUGGGGAUUUCAUGUUUAGUUUAAAUUUUGUUUAAAUUCAAGGCAUCUGUCUUGAACACAUUCUCUUGAAUAAACAAUAAGUGAAUAAACAUUUUGCCAUAAUCAAAUGGAUUCUGAUUUAAUACUUUUUCAGUAAAAGAAGAUAUGUUUGUGCCUGAAAAUUAUUUGUUGCUUAAACAUAUAUUAACUUUGCAGAAUUAUCAUACAUUUUUAAGGAAAUAUUUUUCCCCAUGACUUGUAUUCACCAUGAUUGAUCGAGCACUGAAGAUUAUUUUUUACUUGUUAUGUAAUUUGAAGUUUAAAAUUUUGAGUUUUUUUUCUUUUUGGUUAAAAUUGUGUUUACAUACUACAUUCUUGUUUGAGAAGACAAAAGAUGAUGUUGAAAAUAGUAAAUAGUAAUCAUGUCAAUAGUUAAAUUUCACAUAACAGAUUAAGUUGAUAUUUUGAAAUAACAUUUUACAUGUUCAUACAAGAAUAUACUGCUGAUUUGUCUGGAAAAGUUGUUUGACUUAAAGAAAGGUAGCAAGGUUGUACAACAGCAAGUUUCUGUCAUCACAUGCAUACAGAAUAUACAGAUCAAAAAAUUAUAUUUUAUUCCAUAUUUUUUAGAAAUCUUCUGUUUUUGAAUUUGUUAAUUUAGUUUAUAUGAAGAUUCAACGAUUAUAAAAGGAUAAAAUAUUUGAA